AUGGAAGAAAUCAGAGAAUGGAAUACAUCAACGCGAAUUGAUAGUGAAGAUAUGAUGAUUGAGCUGACCGAUGCUCUGAAUGUAGUGGAAAGAGAAGAGUCAUUGAUUCGAACUUUUGUGUUCGUUUCAACGCCGUGGGCUUUAUUCGGAGGGCUGGAUAUAAAACGAGAGGAUGAGAAAGUUGCGUCGGUUGUAAUUGGACCAAUAUUACAUGAGCAUGACGACGGAAAACAAAUUCGUGCAUUUACAGUAGUUGUAUGGCCAGAAGGUGCUAAUUAA